AUGGACAAUACCUCCAAUGACCCUUGGCAGAUGGGAUUGGACAGUGGUCGAGUUAAGUUGCUCAGUCCUGCUGGUUAUCUAUUUACAGGCAUUUACCUCACGGUCCUCGGCAUUCUGGCCGUAGCCGGUAACGGACUGGUUUUCAUUGUGUUGACGCGGAAGCGCGUUUUGCGCCGGAAGCCACAUAACAUGUUACUGAUCAAUAUGGCGGCGGCAGACCUCGUGAUCACUGUGUUCGGCUAUCCAUUCACCACGCUGUCCAGCUAUAUGAACAAGUACGUGUUCGGAUGGUUCUACUGCAUCCUACAGGGCUUCCUCACGUCACUGUGUGCCAUUGGGACAAUGAACACUCUUGUUGUAAUCAGUGUCUACAGAUACAUUGCAGUUUCCAAACCCCAAUGGAAACACUUGUUGACGUUCGAACUCACGUGUAAAGUCCUGCUCUUCGUCUGGGUAUUCACACUGUUCUGGACCGUCGCGCCUCUUCUUGGAUGGAACUCUUACACCAUCGAGCCUUUCGGAACCUCCUGCAGCAUUGACUGGACAACUGACGAUCCAUUCGACAUCAUUUACAUCUACUGCUUCGUUGGUCUCUUCUACGUCUCCAACAUCUUGGUCAUGUCCUUCUGCUACUACCACAUCGUGAAGAAAUCAAAACUGCUUGGGAUGAUGAAGUCCACAAGCUUCAAUGGUGAUGAUGCCAAGACUCCACCAUCAGAUGACUGUCGAAGUGAAGGUUACAGGAUCCUGGUGCUGGUGUACUUCGUCGUGUGGUCCCCGUAUGCCUGGGCCAGCAUAUUGUCCGUGUACGACCACAACCUCCCCAUCUGGGCCACGACGUUGCCGACGAUGUUCGCCAAACUCGCCAGCAUGCUGAACCCGUUUGUCUACAUUGCCACCAACUCCUCUUUCAAGGACGCUGCCAGAGACUUCUUCUGUGACAAGAGGAACAGAGUCCAUUCUCUGGCACAUGACCGUGAUAACAAGACAAAUGGUUGA